AUGUUGCGUCGCGGAAAGAUUCUGAGGUUGCGCAGCCUCCCAGUGUUGGCCUUGGUCGCGGGGAUUUAUGGCGCAGCCUUUGCUCUGGGCCAGUUCUGGUCGGUCAAGGUGCGGCCAUCGCCUGUGAGCCGCGCCGUAGUGAAGACAGCGGAGACAGCCGAGACGUCCACGGCAUCCGCUGAGAGCGAUGCGUUGCAACCUUCGGAGCGUUACAUCGCCUCCAACCGCUUCAGUGUGCGUGAGGGCGCGGAUGCGGCCUUCGAACAGCGCUGGGCGCAGCGGAAGAGUUCCUUGCUGACGCUGCCGGGCUUCCGUUGGUUUUCCUUAAUGCGAAGAGUCCCAGACGAUUCCGUGAACUUCGGUGAUGAUUAUAGCUACAUUUCCUUCACCAUCUGGGAGACGAAAAAAGAUUUCAACUUUUGGAGAAAAGGCCCAGCCUUUAAAGAAGCUCAUGGUGGAGGAGGUAUUCUGGACUUUCUGGGCAUGAUUAUGAGUUCCUUCAUGACCAGCAAGGGACCGCCAAAGCCAUUCUUUUGGGAAGGUGUCCUUCCAGUGACUUCCUCUCAGUCCAAAGAGCGACUCCAGUCGGGUCCCGGCGGACGACCUGAAGCCGAUGGCCAGACGAUGCUGGACCCUGAGGUCUUUGUGCAAACCAUUCGCUUCAAGGUGGCCGAUGGACGUGAGCAGGACUUUGAGAAGUUUUGGUCAGAGCACGGGGAGGCCUUAAAGGCUGAGAGCGGCUUCCGAUUUUCCCAGCUGCUUCGGCGCGACCAAGUGCCUGAUGAUGACAGCAACUACUUAGGCGUGACAGUAUGGGACGAUCGAGACGCCUAUGAUAAAGCAUCUGUUGAUACAAGCUCAGCAGGUGAUCUUUUAGAACGUCCAGCCAUGAAGGUGCUGUACGAAGGUAAGUUGGUUCUGGAGAGUGAGCUGGGUCCCUGA